UUCCUCUUCUCUCUCUACUCUGUCUCUCUCUCUAACCAGUCAAGCUUUGUUAUUGUGCAGCAUUUUGAGUAGCGUUUGGGACUUUGAAGACUUUGUGUAUCGAUUUCAAUAGCUAUGGUUCGAAGUUGUUGGUUUGGAGGUGUUUGGUUCUGAUCUGUUGUUUGUCAUGUUCAAUCGUUCUCAACAAUGGUGGAUUGGAUUUCAUCGAUUGAGCUAUGAUGCUUAUCGACUCUGACCUUUAGUUCGGAAGACAAACAAGAUGUUUGAGCCUUGUUGUAAUUUAAACAAGGGUUUUGUACCUGAAUUUUGUGCAUUUAUCAUCAUCGGUCUUUUAAAAUCUGAUUGAUGGGGGCUGCUCCAAUGAAGAAUGAUAGUGACAGGGACACUGGUUUCGCUGAAGAAAAUAAUGAUGCGUGGGAGCAAAAGAGAGUUAAACAUAUUGUUGUGGCCGAAGAGCAAGGUUUAGGCUCAUCCAAGGAAGAAAAACCUAAGAUUAAUGAGUCAGGCGGAGAAAUAAAUAAUGGAUCAGUAGGGACAAUGCAGGUCUAUUCUGGUCCACCAAAACUUCAAUCGCAGGGGCCUGUGGUACACUGGGAGAGGUUUCUGCCUACUGGGUCGCUAAAGGUCCUACUGGUGGAAAAUGAUGAUUCUACACGUCAUGUUGUUAGCGCUUUGCUUCGGAACUGCAGUUAUGAAGUUACUGCAGUUGCAAAUGGUCUUCAAGCAUGGAAAAUCUUGGAGGAUUUUAGUAAUCAUAUUGAUCUUGUCCUUACUGAGGUAGUCAUGCCUUUUAUAUCAGGGAUUGGUCUUUUAUGCAAGAUUAUGAACCACAAAACUUUCAAGAAUAUUCCUGUGAUUAUGAUGUCAUCUCAUGAUUCUAUGGGUUUAGUCUUUAAGUGUUUGUCAAAGGGCGCAGUUGACUUCCUAGUGAAACCUAUUCGGAAGAAUGAGCUUAAAAACCUUUGGCAGCAUGUAUGGAGGAGGUGCCAUAGUUCUAGUGGCAGUGGGAGUGAAAGCGGUACACAGACUAAAAAAUCUGUAAAGUCAAAAAGCAACUAUGAGUCUGAAAACAAUACUGGCAGCAGUGAUGAGCGUGAUAAUGCAAGUGUUGGUCUGAGUAUUCGUGAUGGAAGUGACAAUGGAAGUGGCACUCAGAGUUCUUGGACAAAAAAGGCUGCUGUAGUUGAUAGCCCCCGCCCAGUAUCGCCAAUUAAUCCAUUGGCUGAUGCUCCUGAUAGUACUUGUGCUCAGGUCAUUCAUACAAGGCCUGAGGCAUCUAGCAGUAGGUGGGUUCAUGUUACUGAAAUAAAGAAGUGCCAAGAACAGGAUGAUCAACUUGAUAUAGCAAUGGGAAAAGACUUGGAAAUAGGCAUGUCAAGAGAUCCAGACUCACAACUUGAUUUUCUGCCCAAGUUUUCAAUCAAGCCAAGCAGCAAAAGGCAGAACCAACUGUUUGAACCAGAUCGCUUGCAAGUUGAGAAAGAAAAUCAGGAGCUCAAAAGUGAGAAUAUAGGUGGAAAACUGAGGGACCAUGCCGCAAAAUUAAGUAGUGCUGUUGCUUGUCCUGCUGAUCCACAGGCAGAUAGCAGAGCCCUUGAGACUCCUAGUGGGCUUUCAGACAUAUCACUAAUCAAAGAUAAAGCUAGCUGUGAUUUCAAAGAAUCUCCAUCUCUUGAGCUGAGUUUAAAAAGGUUGAGAGGGGUGGGAGAUGUUGGAACCAACGUGCAUGGUGACCGGAAUGUUUUGAGACAUUCAGACCUGUCAGCAUUUUCAAAGUACAACACUGCCUUUUCUACUAAUCAGGUUCCCACAGGGAAUGUAGGAAGCUCUUCUCCGUUAGAUAACAGCUCAGUGGCAAUGAAGACUGAAGCAAUGCACAGUUCAAAUUGCACUCCUAAUCAGCAGUCUAAUGGAAGUAGCAACAACAAUGAUAUGUCCUCUGCCACUAAAUCUAAAUAUGUCCUGAAGCCAGAAGGUUUAAGUGACAAAUCAGAGUCCAUAUCAGCAUUCAAGUGUUUCCACACAUCUGCAUUACAACCUGUGCCGAAUGGCCGUGUUUGUACUGCUCAGCAAGUUAUACCUGAGAAGGUAGAUGACGUGGCAGUCAGCACAAACGAAGCACAAGCAAGAGGCUCAAACCAGCAAGUCCAAGUCCAGCAUCACCAUCACCACUACCACCAUUACCACCACCAUGUCCACAAUAUGCAGCAUCAGGCACAUGAGGACCAUGAUAAUCCCUCGAUGAAGAACGUGGCAGCUGCUGCUCCUCAAUGUGCAUCAACAAAUAAUUUUGGAGGGAUUGUUGAUGGUAGUGGUGGAGAUUACAGUGUGAAUGGGAGCGCUUCAGGAAGUAACCAUGGGAGCAAUGGGCAGAAUGGAAGCAGCAGUGCCUUAAAUGCUGGAGUGACAAACAUGGAAAGUGACAAUGGAGCAGCUGAAAAAAGUGGAGUUGUUGGCAUUAGCGGGAGGGUUGCUGGGAAUGGAGCUGAUGAAGACCGAUUUGCACAGAGAGAGGCUGCCUUGACCAAAUUCCGUCAGAAACGGAAAGAAAGAUGCUUUGACAAAAAGUUCUACAGAACUGUCUUCCCGCUGUUUUUGUUUCUCAGGUCCGAUACCAGAGUAGGAAAAGGCUGGCAGAACAAAGGCCUCGUAUACGGGGACAGUUUGUGCGACAGAUAGCGUCCGAUACAAAAGCUGGUAAAGAUAGGCAAGACAACAUCAUGACCGAAGAGAAUUCUAGUGAUAGCAUUCAAUAACACAAUCUGCGAUUUGGUUCAUGAAUACCACCCAAGUGCCUGACAAUGUUUUGUGGAUGUUUGUACAUCAAUUAGCACUGGCUGUGUAUUAUGUGUAUGGAGGUGUAUUUUUAAGUGAUUGAAAAGAAAACACUUCAAAUGUUUUACUUUUAUCAGACAGUUACAACUUUACCACUGUUUAACUUUUUGUGACUCCAAGGUGGCCGGUUACUCUUGAAGACAACCUCUCUCAUGUAACAAGAACUGCUCAUGUUAGUAGUCCUGUUUUCUGUACUUUUAUUGUUCGACAGUUUUCAUGUUAAAAGAAUCUCUUCUUUUUUGUUUGGCUCCCA